AUGGGGAAGUCUCUAGAAACUUCUUCAGGAUACAAGAAUAGGAAGAUUCAGAUAAAAGAAGUUGAAUUUCUGGUGGAUCUAAUCCUUUUGGAAUUUCAAGAUUUUGACGUGAUCCUAGGAAUGGACUUCCUAACCAAGUACAACGCGACAUUGGACUGUAAAGCUAAGACAGUCUGUCUCAGGAGCAAAGACUCGAACGUCAAGUUUCGAGGGAAAAAGAGGGCAAGUGAACGGAAGUGGAUCUCGGCUCUAAAGGCUGAGAAACUAUUACGUCAAGGAGCACGAGGAUACUUGACUUGUGUCCAAGGGAAAAGCGAGGAGCCGUUAAAAGUCAAAGAAGUGCGAAUAGUUAGAGAGUUCGGGGAUGUGUUUCUCGAAGAAUUACCUGGAUUGCCACCUCAGGUACUAUCAAUUAAGGAUCAAGGCAGAAGAUAUGCCCAAGACAGCUUUUCGUUCUCGAUACGGACACUACAAAUUUCUGGUGAUGCCGUUCUGACUGAUCAAUGCCCCAGCAGCUUUUAUGGAUACUAUGAAUCGAGUCUUCAGGCCAUUCUUAGACAAAUUUGUGAUCGUGUUUAUAGACGAUAUACUGAUAUACUCUCACUCGGAAGAAGAGCACGAAUCACAUUUAAGGGGCAUGUUAUAUGGACUGAAAGAAUAUCGGUCGACCCGGACAAGAUAGCAACUGUGGCGAAUUGGAAGCAACCUCGGUCGGUUACUGAAAUUAAGAGCUUCUUGGGAUUAGCUGGAUAUUAUAGGAAGUUCGUGGAAGGGUUUUCCAAGAUUACAACGCCCCUCACUAAAUUAACUCAGAAGGGGGUGAAGUUCGACUGGAGUGAACGGUGCGAAGAAAGUUUUCAGAAACUUAAGGAUAAGCUGACAACUGCUCCAGUACUAGCUAUGCAAAAUGGAUCAGGAGGAUUUAUGGUUUACACUGACGCCUCGAGAAACGGUUUGGGGUGUGUGCUGAUGCAGCAUGGUAGGGUCAUCCCCCCUGGAUCUCGACAGCUCAAAAACCACUAA